AUGCCUUCCUUCAGCAACUGGUUUACGGCCGCCCUGAUGGCCACCUCGGCCAUGGCUAUGCCGCACGCAAAAGUCAAGCGCACGGCAUCCAAGCGUGGCGCGGCCUACGACGACGUCUCGCUGGUCAGCUCCCUCGGCGGCAGCAGCGCCGUGACCUGGGCCUACGACUGGUCGCUGGGCAGCUUGCUGGGCAACACUAUCGGCCUCCCCAGCGGCGUCCAGUACGUUCCCCAGAUCUGGGGCAUGAACGACCUCGGCAACGCGGGAACUGCCAUGACGACCCUCCUCGCCAGCGGCAGCCAGUACAUCCUCGGCUUCAACGAGCCGGACAUGGUCUCGCAGGCCAACAUCGACCCCACCGACGCUGCCAACGCCUACCUGUCCUCGAUCGUGCCGUUCAAGGGUGACGCCAAGCUGAUCUCGCCGGCCGUGACCUCGUCCAUGACUCCGGGCAUGGGUCUGAGCUGGUUCGAGAGUUUCAUGGGCGUGUGUGGCACGGGGUGCAACCUCACUGGUCUCGCUGUGCACUGGUACGGCGAUACCUCUGAUGAGUUCAUCACGUUCGUCGAGCAAGCUAUGAGCACGGCGUCCCAGUACGGCCUGCCCGAGGUUUGGGUUACGGAGUUUGCGCUCAACUCUGAUGUCAAUGGCAUCGUCGAUCCCAACGCCACUGCUCAGGACUUCCUUGACGUAGUCCUCCCCUGGCUCGACGGCCAGGAUCAGGUCACUCACUACUCCUACUUCAUGACUGCUGAGAACUAUCUUAUCACCGACGGUGCCAGCAACGCCGCUGGCCAGUCUUACGCAGCUGCUGCGUAA